AUGCGUCUUUUGCGGCUGGAAAACGAGGACGAGCUCAGCUUCGCGGAGUUUGUCCGAGAAAACCCUCCAUACGCAAUUCUUUCGCAUACAUGGGGAGAAGACGAAGUGUCAUAUAGAGACCUCUGCGAUUUACACACGGGUAGAGCCCCGGAUAGAGCCAAGGACCGCCAGGGUUAUGCAAAGAUCCUCUUCUGUGCACAGCAGGCCAAGCGUGAUCGGCUAGACUACUUCUGGGUGGACACCUGCUGCAUCGAUAAAUCGAGUAGCGCAGAGCUUCAGGAAGCGAUCAAUUCUAUGUUUCGAUGGUACCAGGACGCAGCGAGGUGUUAUGUUUACUUAUCUGACCUCUCCAUUGACAUGUUCAACCUGAACAAACAGUCUUUCCAGCGAUGUAGAUGGUUUUCUCGGACAUGGACCUUGCAAGAACUUCUUGCCCCAACAUCAGUCGAAUUCUUCUCCUGGGAAGGUGAAAGAAUAGGGGACAAGCGUUCAAUGGUCAAGGAAAUUCAUAGAGUUACAGGUAUACCUGUCUCGGCGCUCGAAGGAGCACCACUGUCAGGCUUCGCUGUCAAUGAGCGGCUGUUAUGGGCAAAAGGACGCCACGCAACGCGUGUGGAAGAUGAGGCAUAUUCUUUGAUGGGUAUACUCGAAGUUCACAUGCCUAUGUUAUAUGGGGAGGGCUCUAACGCAUACGAUCGCCUGCUGAGUGAGGUCAGAAAGAUGUACAAAGACCCCUCACACCCAGCCUUGGAAAGAAGCGUGGAUCCCCCGCUCGGUAGCCCAAACCGCGUCGAAGACCCAGAGCUAAAUUUCACAAAGUCGCAUUUUGGAGCCAUACCAAGCGGCGUGGAUCCCCUGCUCGUUGUAUCGAAGCGCGUCGAUGACCUGAUGCUGGAUCUUGAGGUACCUGAUACCGGCAUUUCCACAUACGAGCGAAGCGCAGUGCUGGACUCGGAUUCCGAUUCAGAGAGCGAAGUCGCCAGUAUCUUCUCUUAUGGUGCCAUGUCUACCUCGUCAGCAUCCACUGCCAGCCUAAACUCAGUUCAAUCAGUCGGAAUUCGUGAGGUCUCCCAAGCGCUGUUGAGCAAGGAAGAUCUGAAAGCUAUUUACGCUCUAGUAGUCACCAACAUCGAUCGACGGAAGGCACAUUCGCAUAUUCGAGGUUUCCUUAAGGAAUACGGUCUGGAUCUUGUUAAAGAAGCUUCCAACAGGACUCUGGAAUUACAGGCCGCCAACUUCAUAAGAGAUUUAGCCGGUCGCAUCGCAGACGAAAUUGCCUGGAAGAUCGCCGGAUUUGAGGAAGAAACCAGGUCACCGAAGAGUUCAUCAGAUAAGAAUAACUUGGAGACCUGGCUAUCGUCCCUGCGGCUUCCGGGUUCAGGCGCCGAAGAGGAGCCAAAUUCCCCAAGGACAGGAGCGAAUGUUGAGGAGCUAUUUGAAAACGAAAAUUCUGAUGACGAGCUUAGCGACGACCUCAUAUUUCCCAAUAUUGAUAAGGUCAAGGAUUUUCUUUUGACGUCUGAGGCUAUCCAAGUACACGUUUCAGCAAUGCGAAAAUGGAUGAAAAUGGACUCUGUCGAACAGGGCGAUAUGGAAGGACCAGUCGAGGACCUUCCAGACCGCAUUGCGCUUAAUGCAACAACUAAGAGCACAUCUCAAACCCCAGAUGCGCAGAAGACACCUCAAGUGCUUGAAGAGACAGAACCAUUUUCGCAACAGGAUACAGCACAAGAGUCAAGGCCGAAUUAUCGGUCUAUACAAUCCAACCACCUCGUUGAUCUGAUUUCUGGCAUCUUAGAAUUCGACCUGUUCACCCCCCGCAUUCGACCUGGCUAUAGGAGAUUGCGAUGGCGCUGUGUGAGUCUCAACGCUAGCAUACCCAUAUGUCGUGAGCUUACUGAAACUUGCUGA